AUGUCGUCGCAGCAGCCGCCACCACCACCGCCAGGCGUGGCCGCGUCUCUUGCCACAGCCUCUUCCUCUUCCUCUGCUUCUGCUUCUGCUUCGGCUUCAGCCUCUACCUCUGCCUCUACCUUUGUCUCUACCUCCGCCUCUGCCCCUGCUGCCUCUUCUCCUCCGGCUGCCCUCUCCGCAGCCUCGGCCUCUUCUGCCUCUGCAUCUCUUGCAUCUCCCGUCUCGCCUCGGCAGCUGUCGUCUUCUCCCCAUUCAUCCACCGCCAGCACCAGCGACACCAUCACAUACGCCACCUAUUAUUCUGCUUCAUCCUCUUCUGCAGCAGCAGCAGCAGCAGCAUCCGCGGCCACUUACAGCCAUGAUCAACUAAGGCUGCUGUCUCUGCCAUCACACGACGCUACAGAUCCCACUGCCGCCAUUAGUCUCGGCCAUCGGCACCCGUCGUCUUCCCUCGAAGACACCAUCAACACUUGUUUGCCAGCCUUUUCAGUCCCAGAGGCCAUCUCCUCGGCUGCCGACCCAGACACAGCCAUGAUCUUCUCAGACUUUUACAAGGGAGCCCGGUCUCCUCUGUCCAGGCUGCGCUCACAUAAUUCUCAGUCUCAAUAUCCCUCCUCGGUAGACUCGCCUCCUUGGCUAGCUGCAGAGUACGAAGACCUUCUGAGUAAGGACAAGUACAGGCAAAAGGAUGCCAUCAAGCGGUAUCUGGCGGCCAAGGUCAAGACCAGCUGGGAUUUCACAUGGUCCUCACCCCGCCGGCCUGAGAGGCAAAUCGCAGAGGUGUCGAGCAGCACACAUGCGCAGAAGAACGCCUCUCUGCAGGAGGGGGAGCCCGAGGCCAUCAGGGUCGAUUCCGCCAAGGACAUUCGGGAUGAGGCGCACGAGGAUGCUGAACUCGCCAUAUCUAGCAAUGACCUGAGCGAGGCUCCUUCAGGUCACGAGGACAUUGACGACGACAAUGACGACGACACGGAUUCAGUAUACAGCGUUGUCUCAGAAGAUCCUGUUCACUAUCGUCCCCGAAUGGACUGGUACUCUGACCUGUCUGAUGACGAAGCUGCCAUUAAUUCUUUGGACAAGCUCCAGGCUACCGACAACGCCACCAAGGUGUCCAUUUUGGAGAAGCGAGCUCUACGCCGCAGAGCCGCUAGAGACGAAAUGACUUGGAACGAGGGACUGGCCUGUUUCGAGGCGCGGCGGAACGCCUGGACCGGCGCAAAGACGGUUCGCGUCCGCAGCAAGCCAGCACCUUCACCACCCGUCUCUCCUCGCUCUCCCCGGCGCUUCUUCUUCCGCCGUUCGAUCUCGGGAUCUCCACCUUCGCCAACUCUGAUCAACCCAAGCUCGCCCGGGGGCAGUCAGUCGGGUGCCAUAUCCGACUCGUCGUCCAUUGCCAAGGACGACAGAGACCUCAAAGCGCAAAGCUCCAGGGACUCUGACCGCAUCGCUGAUCGUCUACUGCCCGUCGAGACGCUGCUCCCUAUUCCGCAUCCUAUCCUGCCGCCCAACAACUCUUUUCGAGCUUCCAUCACACCUUCGAUCUAUCUUAGCCUCUACGAUAAGGUCAUUCUCAAUAACCUGCAGCCAUCGUGUCCCAUCAACCUUGCAGACAUGAUUCGCGCGUGCGUCACGGGGUGGAAGCGCGACGGCGAAUGGCCUCCCAAGCCGUCGGCUCCCGAACCCAUGGUCGUUUCCAUGCGUCGUAAGAAGGCAAAGAAGGCGUCGACAGCAAAUGGGAGCUCCGUGGGCAGCACUGCUCGUAGAUUGAGCUUUGGGCUACUGGGCCGCGACAAGGACGACGAAUUCCACGCUGGCACCGGCAUUCGCAAGAGUAUUUCCAAGGUGCUUGGCCUGGGGGUCCAGCCGGACGGUUCACACCACUGACUGCCGCGUUUACAUGGACAUGUUCCGCAUAGCGAGCCGAAGCCGACUAUUGGGAACGGUUGAUCUGGACCCAUGUAUAAUGAUCUAGGACGGGAAAUCACGGAAUGGGAGGCAGCGGCGUCUUGAGAUACUAUUGGAAUAUUACCACUUGACCUCAUGCCUGGGGAGGCGCUCUAUGUUUACGAUAUACAGGCACUGACUGCAUCAGCGACGUCUGUGCACAUAUACCCAAUCAAGCGUACAGGUUUGGCGAAGAAGAGGAUUUUGGAUGGCUACCGCCACUCACGGACUGGCUUUGUCUUGGGACUAUUUGUUUUUUUUGAGUAUGAUGGAUUGAAUCUUCACCACGUUUUAAUAAACGUCGAUUCGUGAACUGAGACGUCAUUAUAGGUAUGAGCCAAGCAAGGAGAGUGAUGAAUGGCUUGGGGGGCGCUAGAACAG